AGUUUAGUUCAAAUAGUCCAAGUUUCAAAUCAAUUGAAAAUUUCUGCCCAGAGUUAUGACUGUGUUGCCAAGGACUAAAAGAAACAUAAUUUAAUGUAUAGGAUUUUGUUUUUGUAUUUAUUCUAUGUAUGAAAUUAUAUGAUUAUUGUCAGGUAUUUAGGCAUAUAAAAGUACUUGUAAUAUGAUGUUAUUCAAGUGAAUAAAGAGGAACAAUUCGUCUCUUCAUUCAAAACAUAGAAAUACAAUUGAACCCAUCAACUUCCAACACUUUUGAAAUAUAAUCUGAAAACAAGAGUUGUUUGUUGGCAAUGUUUAUGUUUAACUUCACCUACAUACAUUUUUCCUAAACCAACUGAUUGAUCUCAUAAUCACGUUUACUUCCAACUUAUAAAACUCAAGAAUUGCACGAGAAACUAAUAUCCUAGUCUGAGAUGAAAACCCUGAAAUUUCCUGGAAAAACAAAAAAAGAAGUUACUAUUGUUAGUUUUCCCUUUGGCAGUUGAAGGCAUUGUCUCUAUUCUGGUUUCUAUUUCAGUCUCUCUAUCGUUCCCACUUCUGAUACUGAAAGCUUCCGUUCCAAAGUUUAGGAAUGGAGUCAAGAAACAUCAUCAAGAACUCUAUAUUCUCCAAGAAACUAUCAAAAACCCACAGAAAACUGAUCGUACUCAUUGUUCUUCUUCCCCUUGCUGCGGUUCUUGUUUCAUUAUUACUGAAGAAUUCGACUUCUUCCUCACAUUCAAGAAACCAUCUUCCUCCGUUGACCCCUUCUCUGGCCUUUCCCCUGCAUUCAUUCAUCAAGAAAGCCUGCCCAGAAACUCUGUAUUCGUCUUUAUGUCGUUCCACUUUAUCCACCCUGCCCAAGUCCAAGAACUUCACAAGCUUCCUCAAGAUUCUGGAGUUCACAAUUAACCGAACGGCAAGCCAUGUGAAGGGUGCCCGAUAUAGCAUCGUUGCUCAUUUCACUAAGCAAGAUUUAAACUUACAUGAGAAGAAUGCCCUGAGGGAUUGCAUGGAAAUGCUUGAUCAGACGUUAUACGAACUACAACAAGCCACCAACGAGUUGAGGUCUUUUGCUUCUUUGACAGGUUAUCGUCUUGACAGAUUGUAUGGUAACAUCAAGAACCUUUUGAGCGCGGCCAUGACUAAUGAGAAUACUUGCAUUAAUGGGUUUCUAGACUUGGAAGAACUGGAUUCGGAUACUCGAAAGGGUCACAGAGAACAUCUUCAGAAUUUCUUAACUCCAAUUUCCCACAUGAUCAGCAAUAGCUUGGCCCUGAUAAAGCAUGUGGAGAAGAAAAGCAUCCAAGAAAUGGUCAAGAAACCAAAGAUGAUGAUCACCAAAGGGCUGCAGGAAGAACUUCCUGAUUAUAAGAGAAUUGUUCGUGGACGAAAGAAGAAUACACUGAGGAAGUUAAGGCCAUAUGCGACUGUAGCUUCUGACGGCAGCGGAAACUACAGUACCAUAAGAGAUGCGAUUGCAGCAGCACCGAAUAUGAGCACGAGCAUAUAUAAGAUCAAAAUAAUGGCAGGGAUUUACAAAGAAAAUGUCCUGAUUCCAAGAGAGAAGAUCAAUAUAAUGUUGAUUGGAGAUGGGAUGAACUCAACAAUAAUCACAGGGUCCAGAAAUUUUGUUGAUGGAUUUUCCACCUUUGAAUCUGCUACACUAACUGUGUUGGGAGACAAAUUCUUGGCCAGGGACUUAACCAUAAAAAACACUGCACCUCCAGAAAAGCACCAGGCAGUGGCUCUCAGGGUGACUUCCAAUGCUGCAUUUUAUCGUUGUGAGAUCGUUUCCCAUCAAGACACUCUGUAUGCACAUUCUCUGCGUCAGUACUAUCAGGACUGCUUGAUUCAAGGAACAAUAGAUUUCAUCUUUGGAAAUGCAGCAGCAGUCUUCCAGAACUGCACAAUACUCGUACGCAAACCGAUCCCAGGUCAGAGCAACAUGAUCACUGCUCAAGGGAGAGAAGAUCCUAACCAGAAUACAGGGAUCAGCCUACAGAAUUGCACCAUAGAGGCUGCAAAAGAAUUUAACCUGACACAAAGGAGAAACAUUUCGACGUAUUUGGGCAGGCCCUGGAGAAACUACUCAAGGACCAUUGUCGUCAACAGCUAUCUGGGAGAUUUAAUACAUCCUCGAGGAUGGUUUGAGUGGGAUGAGUACAGCAAUCUAGAUACCGUUGAGUACAUAGAGUACAUGAAUUCUGGACCUGGAGCAGAUACGAGACGUAGAAUUUCAUGGGCAGGGUAUAGAAAGAACUGCACAGAAGACAUGGUCAGGCAGUUUACAGCUGAAGAAUUCUUGCAUGGAGCAGAUGACUGGUUAGAGUCCACUGUAUUCCCACUCUUCGCUGUUUUGUACCACCAGGAAACUUAGUUCACUCAGCUGUGAAUAGGAUUUCUGUAAACAUUGAUGCCUGAAAUUAUAUUGCAAAGGGAUUUCAGACACUGUAGGUUUAUAGCAUGCCAUAGCAGACAAGUAAUUGACAAGAAAUAUGACAAUUUUCUUGACAAGAUCCAGAAGAAAAUAAAGUAACAAUGCACAAUUGUACAUU